AUGACGAUACCACUGAUAGUGAUGAUGUACUUGCAGUUAGUGUCUGAUAGUCAGUUUUCCGGAACAGAUUUUACUUAUUCAGACUGUGUACGGGGCGGUUACCCAGCAAAAUUGAAGAAAGUGCUAAUAGUAACGGCGCCGCUGUGGUUUAAAGCGCCAUUUCGCAUUCUGCGUCUAUUCGUGCGGGAGAAACUACGCGAACGUGUCCACACGGUGAGCGCGCCUCAGCUGGGUGCCCACGUUCCUCGAGCAAGCCUGCCGCGCCAGCUCGGCGGUCAGCUCACACCGGAUCACGCUGCUUGGUUGGAGCAUUGUAGAAAUUGUUACACGAACAAUAUUCAGAACAACAAAUUAGAUGGCGUUAUAGACGAAUAUGUUAUCAGUAACUACAUUCCGCCGGUUAAGACGCAAAAUGGUUUAAUAGAGCACGAAGUUGCAUGUGACAUGACCAGCGACCGCGUGGCCCGGAUCGGCGACAACCAGGCCGACAUCAUGCACAUCAGCGACCCGCCGUACACCUGCGACACCAGCCCGCUCAGGCACUCUCACGGCUACAAUGGUGAUAUGAAGGGCGGGCACAUCAACUCCGGCGAUGAAGAUGACGCAGAUUUGAUAACGCGCGGCACGUGGUCGUCGGGCGAGGCGUCGCCCGGGCUGUCGGACGAGGAGUGCGGCGGCGGCGGCCCGGGUGAGGCGGCGGGCGCGCUGCUGGCGCGGCUGCGCGCGCUCGGCCGCCGCGGCCUGCUCGCCGAGUACGACGACAUCCGCGCGCGCCCGCCGCACGGCACCUUCCACCACGCCAAAUUACCGAGUAAUGUGGCGAAGAAUCGUUACACGGACGUGUUGUGCUACGACCACUCGCGCGUGCUGCUGUCGCAGACCGACCCCGACGACCCCACCACUGACUAUAUCAACGCAAACUACGUCGACGGGUACAAACAGAAAAAUGCGUUCAUUUGCACGCAAGGUCCUCUGCCAAAGACGUUCGGCGACUUCUGGCGCAUGGUGUGGGAGCAGGGCAGCCUGGUGGUGGUGAUGACGACGCGCGCGGUGGAGCGUGGCCGUGUCAAGUGCGGCCAGUACUGGCCCGCGGCGCCCGGCGCGCGCGCCACGCACGGCGCUUUCGCCGUCGCCACCGAAACCGUCGACGCACAUGAGGACUAUGUCGUGUCGCACCUGCUGCUCACCGAUCUGCGGACGGAGCAGACGCGGCGCGUGUGGCACGGGCAGUACGUGCGCUGGCCAGACUACGGCGUGCCGGGCGGCGGCCGCGCGCAGCCCGUGCUACGCUUUCUGCACCACGUGCGCGCCGCGCAGCGUGCCGCCCUGCAGCACCUAGGAGAUGCGUGGGCGGGACACAGUAGAGGACCCCCCAUAGUUGUUCAUUGUUCAGCUGGCAUCGGUCGAACAGGCACGUUUAUCACGCUGGACGUGUGCACAUCGCGGCUGGCGGCAGAAGGCACGGUGGACGUGCGCGGCACCGUACAGCGCGUGCGGGCGCAACGCGCGCACUCCAUACAAAUGCCCGAGCAGUACGUGUUCUGCCACCUGGCGCUGCUCGAGUACGCGGUAAUGCAGGGGUACCUAGAAUCAGCUGAACUAAACGGUUUCGAUGACGACAACGACGACGAAUCAGAAUGA